AUGACUAGGCUUGUAGAAUCUCAAAAUACUGAGAUAGCCUUACUUCGGAAACAGCUCGCUGAUGCUCAGGAAGUAAUUGAGACUCGAAAAAAGAGAACUAAAGGCAAAAGAGUCAAAUUACAAGGUCAAUUUGUCUUUAGUAUUAAGGAAAUACUGAAAAUAGUACAUGAGGCGGAGGAAAAACUUAAGGAGAAAAAGCCACGAGGACGACCAUGCAAGCGCCCAAUUGAAGAAUCAGAAGAAGAGAUUGAAGAAGAAGAGCUAGAGAAUAGUUCAAAUGAUUCAGAAUUGGAAUUGGGAGGAUUGGUUGUAGAAAGUAAUGAAAGGGUUAGGGUUAGGGUUAGGGUUAGGGUUAGGGUUAGGGUUAGGGUUAGGGUUAGGGUUAGGGUUAGGGUUAGGGUUAGG